AUGGAGCGCACCGACGACAAGAAGUCUAUUUUCAAAUACUCAGUUCCUUUGCCAGUUCACGUCUACGAUCGAGAGCAAUAUUUCUGCAGGUUCACUCCCCGAAUCCAUCGAGACGCCUAUUUGGCCGACCAGGGGUCCUGGCAGUGCCAGGUUGAUUUCUUGAAUGCAUCAGGACCGGCAGACUCCGAACGCAACAAAGCCCAUAAGAGCUUCGCUGUAGGAUGUAUCAAUCCUAUUGUUGGCAACUUCACCGCCCUAUGUGCUUCGGAGGCUCUUCCGGAAAGAUUAGCACUGACGACGUAUAUGGUUGAGUAUGCCUACAUCCAUGAUGAUGUGAUUGAGUAUGCCGAGGACAAGACACAGACGAAGUUACAAGAGACGAACCGCGAACUCGUCGAAGGCUUGGACUUUGACAACGCACAGACAGCCGGUACCAAAGAGCACAUCAAGAGAAGACAACUUCAGGCCAAAAUGGCAGUCGAGCUCAUCGACAUAGAUCGAAGACAAGGCCUCGAGUGUCUUCGUCUCUGGAAAGAGAUGUCCGAGGUGUUCGUUCAAAUCCGAGACAUGGACUUCAAAAAGAUCGAUGAAUAUCUUCCGUUUCGCGUCGUUGACGCUGGAUGCCUGUGGACUAUGAGCCUGCUCUGCUUCUCCAUGGAUUUCGUUCUUAGCAAAGACGAGGAAGAGGACCUCUUCGCCAUUACCACUUCUGCGUACAACGCGUGGGUCCUCGUCAAUGAUUACUUCUCUUGGGAGAAGGAGUUGUUAAAUUACGAGUCCAACGGUAGCCAAGGGGAGAUCGUCAGCGCCGUCUUCUUGUACAUGAAAUGGUAUUCCAUCAAGGCGGAAGAAGCAAAGACCAUGCUCAAAUCCGAAAUACGGUCUCGCGAGAAGAUUUACGACGAUCUGAAGGCUCAAUAUUCUCGUCAAAGAAGUGUUCCCGAAAGAGCCAAGGAUUGGUUUGAGCUUCUGGAUCUCGUUACUGCAGGUAACUUCGCAUGGAGCAUGACGACCGCGAGAUACGACCUCAAUGGUGAAGACGCUUAUCCAAGUCUGCGGUCAAAGCAUCGGGAAGAAGCAGCCAAUUCAACGGCAGAUGACCUUGACAAACCAAUCUGGCAGCCAAUGGAGACCAAUGGUAGCUCUCAUGCACACAGCACACAGCAAAACGGUUCGAUACAUCCAUCGGCAACGCCAAAUGGGCAUACUUCAAAAUUUGAUCUGGCCUCCCAGCCGGCAGUGGAGGCAUCCUUAGCCAUCCCAGGCUUGCUGUUAGACCCCUAUCAGAAUUCAAUGCCAUCUAAGGGCGUCCGGAAUUCAGCGAUCGAUGCGCUCGACGUAUGGUAUGAAGUCCCUGACGCUUCUUUGCAGAUCAUCCGAAACAUUGUCAACACACUGCACAAUGCAUCUCUAAUGCUUGACGACAUUCAAGAUGAAUCUGAGCUCCGACGUGGGUUGCCUGCCACUCACAUUGUCUACGGCACAGCCCAGUCCAUCAAUGCAGCCAACUUUCUGAUGAUAAGAGCAAUCAAAGAGGCUGGCUCUCUCUCGUCCGCAGCGGCAUGCAUUUUGAUAGAUCGACUUCUUCAUGCACAUAUUGGACAAGGCCUAGAUCUCCACUGGAAGCAUCACACCUCAGUCCCAACGGAGGAAGAAUACUUCGCAAUGGUAGACGGCACGACGACUAACCAAGACCUUGCCCUCGACAAGCUGAUGUUGCUUGUUGGACGAUUUUUCCAAGCGAGAGAUGACCAUCAGAACCUGGAUGCCUCAGAAUACUCCGAGCAGAAAGGGUUUGCUGAAGACAUCAAUGAGGGAAAGCUAUCUCUUCCCAUGAUUCGCGCCUUCCAAUCCAACCCCCACCGGGGUCGUCUACUCAGUAUUCUCGAGCAACGUAAAGCCAGUCGCGGCCUUCUAUACGAGACUCGCAAGUUGGCAGUGGAUGAUAUCAAGGCCGCAGGUGGGCUUCAAUAUACUCGAGACAUAGCGGUACGUCUGGAGCACGAGAUAGAUCAUGUCCUUGCGGGACUGGAGAAACAAGCUGGUCGAAAGAACUGGAUUCUACGACUCUUGCAAAAGCGACUGCACAUCGAGUAG